AUGUCUGUACACCAGUCCUCUUUCCGGCUGAUGACAUUUUUGCUGCUGAUUCUAAGUAUGGACAGCAUGAAGCAUAAGAAAUAUUCAGCAUCUAGAUCUGACCAAAACAAGAAAAGCUACCCAGCUUCAGCAUCAAAGUCAAUAAAGGAACAAACUGAGAAACCUUGGAUCGACAAGUUGUUGCAAUGUGGCUACCAGAAUUACAGCUUCACCCCUGAAGAAAGGUCAGAGGGAACGCUCCUCAUGAAAAUGAUCGAAUGGCCAAAACCACCCAGCUCCGCUGUGCCCUUUCGGAAAAGCACUAACCCAGCACAUGUUCGCUUUGUAAUUUUGAAGUCUGCAAAGACUUUCUACGUGGGAGAUCAGUUACAAGUGAUGCUGCAGAUGUACGAUUUUGAAGGUCACCCAAAGCGAUAUGGAGGUGACUAUCUCCAAGCUUGGAUCCACACCCCAGCUUUAAAAGCUGGUUCAGCAGGCACAGUUAUAGACCACCGAAAUGGAAUUUAUCGCAUCAAUUUUAAAUUAUUUUGGCCGGGGAAAGUUAAAGUUUUUGUUUCGUUGGUUCAUCCCAGUGAAGGAAUCCAAGCACUUAUAAGACUACGUGAGGAACGGCCAGAGAGAGUGUAUUUUCAAAGUACCUUCAAAUCAGAAGCUGUCUCUGAGACCAGUGCGUGUAAUCUUUGUUUGUCUCAAUCUCAACCACUUUGUAACUUUACUGAUCCCAGGACUGGGGAGCCCUGGUUCUGUUACCAGCCAAAAGAACUUCCAUGCUCUGCUCGUGUCACCCAUGAAAUGGGAGGAUAUCAGCAGGAUCUUUUAAUAGGAGAAGAAGAACAUUACUUCCAAAGUAACGUAAACAUCAAAAAGCCCAUAUCGCCCAAAGGUCGAAAUUAUGUCAUUGUCAAUCCUUCACCUACAGCAGGUAGAAGUCUCGGAGAAUGUGUACCUGGCAAGCCUUUACUUUCACCAUCUGGAUUUUACUUUCAAGACAAGUGGAUGUCAGCAAACUGUAAUGUUCGGAGCUUCCACUCUCCUGCUAAUGUCACAGACUGCCUUCGUGGGAAAGCUGUUUAUAUUCUUGGAGAUUCUACGAUACACCAGUGGUUUGAAUAUUUGACACGAUUUGCUAGGUUAAACAUGCUAGGUCUUAUAACACAGAGUGCUGAAAAUAAUUCGCUUAUCAACUCUCAAUUUGCUGAGGAUGCAGUGAACAAAAUCAAGAUGGAGUACUAUCCCCAUGGUACACCGAUCCGAAUCAUCCCCAUUUUGAGCCAGGACCUGACAUUCAUUGCAAAUAAACUGGAUGAUAUUAAAGACGAAAACAGCACAGUUGUAGCCUUUGGCAUUUGGAGUCAUUUCAACAGUUUUCCAGUUGAAACAUACAUCCGAAGGCUCCAGAACAUUCGCAGGUCAAUUCUACGAUUGCUGGGAAGGAGCCCAGAUACAGUGGUUGUCAUAAAAACUGCCAAUGUCCAGGCCCUUCCAGAUGACGUCAGUCUCUACAACAGUGACUGGUAUUCCUAUCAACUUGACUUAGUGAUGAGAAAGAUGUUUGAGGGCAUCAACGUAGCAUUUGUAGAUGCCUGGGAGAUGACGCUAGCACAUUACCUGCCUCAUAAAACACAUUCUGAGCAAAUCAUUAUAAAGAAUGAAGUAGAUGUGUUUCUUUCAUAUGUCUGUCCUUUGUAA